AUGCUGGCUCUGGCAUUGGAGCAGACACUGGCACAGAUGCUGACACUAGCAUUGGCUCAGGCUUGGGUUCAUGCACUGGCUCUUGCUCAGGCUCAGGUUCUGGCUCUGGUGGUGACAGUGACUCUGGCUGGUGCUCUGGUUCAGAUACUGGCUCUGAUGCAGGCUGAGGAGUUGGUUCUGGUUCAGGUGCUGGUUCUGGUUCUAGCUCAGGUUCAGGUGCUGACUCUGACUGCGGAACAGGCUGUGGGACUGGCUCUGGAACAACAGCCUCUAGGAGGGAGCUCUGGAGCAAUGGCCUCCUCUGCUGCUGCUGCAUCAGCCAUUGGAGGGAUCUCUGGAGCAAAGGCCUCCUCCGCUACCACUGCAUCAGCCUCAGACAUGAUAGUCCCCUCCCAAAAGAUUUCAUGGGAGUCCUCUUCUUCUACUGAUUCAUAUACAGUGCGCAUCAUUAAUGCCGUGCGUGUGAGAGGUCACUCGAUGCGUUCGCAGUCCGGGAUGUGCCAGAGAGUUCUUCAGCAUGAUAAUGAUGUUUAUGCAUCUCUGACUUCCAAAUUUUGUGUAAAUAACUUCACAGAACUACCCAGAAGAGAGAGUAAAGUACAUCAAAGUAAGGUGGAAAAGCUGCAGUUAGGAAAAAUAGAACUUGACACCCUGAUGGCACAAAUACACAAGCGAUGCUCGUUCUCCACCUGGAUUAAAGAAAACAUCAAGAAAAAAGAGUGCUGCUUCUAUGUAGAAGAUGGCAGAGAGGGGAUCUGUAUGUGUGGCUAUCCAAAGAACCAACACAAAGAUGAAGCCAUCAAGCUGAAUGACUACACAGGGCAGCAGUAUGACAAACAUAGGCACAUCAAAGAGGUUCCUACUGAUGCUUUUGGAGACAUUAGCUUUACAGGAAUUGGACAGAAAACAAGCAGGUACGUCCGUGUAUCCUCUGAUACGCCUGUUGAGAAGCUGUACCAACUGAUGACCGAGCAUUGGAAGCUCCAGCCCCCUAACUUGUUAAUAUCAGUGACAGGAGGAGCCAAAAAUUUCUACAUAAACAAUGACCUGAAGAACAAGUUCCGUAGAGGACUAAUUAAAGUGGCCGAAACCACAGGUGCAUGGAUCCUGACUGGGGGAACACACACAGGUGUGAUGAAACAUGUUGGGAGAGCAGUACGGGACUAUAAUCUAAGCAGUGUUGCUGCAGGGGGGCAGAUUGUGGCUAUUGGAAUGGCCACGUGGGGGGUCAUUCACAACCGCCAGGCUCUGGUUCACCAAGACGGUCGCUUUCCUGCUCAUUAUUAUCUGGAUGAACAAGGUCAGGGCCGCUUAUCCUGCCUGGAUGUUAAUCACUCUCACUUCCUGCUGGUGGAUGAUGGAACAUCUGGCAAAUAUGGGGCUGAGAUUCAACUUCGUGGGCAAUUGGAGAAACUGAUCUCAGAACAACCGCUAGGAAACUCAGAGAGUGAACUGAAGAUUCCAGUUGUGUGUGUGGUACUAGAUGGUGGAGUUGGAACCCUAAAUACAAUCUACAACUCCAUGCUGAAUGGCACUCCAUGCAUUGUUCUGGAAGGUUCUGGGCGCUUGGCUGAUGUCAUCGCCAACGUGGCUGGCCUACCUUCGUCCAAAAUCACAAUAGAGCUCGUCCAGAGACUGAUGAAGAAGUUUUUUGCAGAAGAGUAUGAGACCUUUUCUGAGCUGAAGAUCAUUAAGUGGACCAAAAAGAUUCAAGAUAUUAUCCAGUUCCCACAGCUGCUGACGGUGUUCCGCAUUGACGAGGAGAAAAACAAUGAUGUGGAUGUAGCUAUUCUGCAAGCUUUUCUAAAAGCCCCCCUGUGCAGUGAUAGUGUGAACAGAGAGAGACAGCUGGACCUGGCUGUGGCCUGGAACCGGGUUGACAUUGCACAGAGUGAGAUCUUCACUGAAGAAAGUAAAUGGAAGUCCAGUGAUCUGCACCAGGCCAUGUUUUCCGCCCUGGUGGGCCAUAAGGCUGAGUUUGUACGUCUGCUGCUGGAGAAUGGGCUAUGCUUCAUCCAGUUCCUCAAACAUGAAGAUACACUGUGUGAUCUGUAUAAUCAUCUUCCCAGCUGUCUGUUUUCGCACAAAGUGGCCAAGCAAGCUAAGGACAGCACAAAGAUUACCCUGAGGCAUGUAGCUAUUGAAGUGCGGCACCUGCUGGGCAGCUUCACUCAACCGCUCUACCCCAUGGAGGGGUUAUCCUAUCAAAAUAGAGCUUACCCUCACAAAAUAGAGAUGCCCAGUGACAACAAGGGUUUUACAAACACGCGCAAAAACCAGUUUCAAGAGCUGACCUGGCCAGAGGAGGAGACGGUCCCAGACACAAUGUCUCAGGCAGAUAGAGAUCUGUUCCUUUGGAGUGUGCUGCAGAAUCAGAAAGACUUGGCACAAAUCACUUGGGAACAGUGCAGUGAUUGUAUUGCUGCUGCUCUGGCUGCCAGUAAAAUUCUGAAGAAGCUUGCUCAGGGAGCAGGAGAUAAUGGGGAAGAUGCUGAAUCGAUGAGAGAGCUUGCUGAUCACUAUGAGAAACAAGCCAUUGGUGUGUUCAGUGAGUGCCAUCGCCAUGACAAGCAGCGAGCACAGAAACUGCUGACCCGUGUGUCUCCAUCAUGGGGUAAAACAACCAGUCUGUGUCUCGCUCUUGAAGCCCAUGACAAGACUUUCAUAGCUCACUCAGGGGUUCAGGCUUUGCUAACUCAGAUCUGGUGUGGGGAGUUAGCAGUGGAAAACCCACUCUGGAAGUUGCUGCUCUGCAUGUUUUUCUUUCCUCUUGUCUGCACUGAUUUUCUGGUCUAUAGGGACCAGUGUGACACAAGCUCUGAAUGUCCACUAAGCAACUGGAUGAAAUUGGUGGGUCUAUACACCUGUCCUCAGGUCAAGUUCUACUGGAACAUCCUGUCCUACUUUGGCUUCCUGCUUCUUUUUGCUCUGGUGUUGAUGAUGGACUUCCAGCCUAUGCCAUCUUGGAAGGAAUUGCUCCUGUAUGUCUGGCUCAUGUCACUCAUGUUUGAGGAGAUCAGACAGCUCUUCUAUGAUUUUGAUGGAUUUACAUUUUGGAAGAAAAUCAAAAUGUACAUUAAAGACUCAUGGAACAUUUUGGAUAUGUUGUCGAUACUGCUCUUCAUCACCGGCCUGGUUUGCAGGCUCCAAGCUUCGAGUACAGUGUUCUAUGUGGGGAAAAUCAUCCUCUGCAUUGACUUCAUCAUAUUCAGUUUGCGCCUGAUGGCUAUCUUCACCAUCAGCAAGACCUUAGGACCCAAGAUUAUUAUUGUUAGGAGGAUGAUGAUGGAUAUGUUCUUCUUCUUGUUUCUGCUCAGUAUCUGGGUGGUCGCCUAUGGAGUGGCGACUCAGGCUAUCUUGAUUGAGAAUGAGGAUCGAAUUAAUUGGCUUAUACGUGGUGCUGUAUAUGAGCCCUACCUCGUCAUAUUUGGGAACAUGCCUGACAAUGUGGACAACACCAAAUUUGACAUGAACACUUGCAGUAUAAAUGGCACUGAUCCUCUAAAGCCCAAGUGUCCAGUGCUGAAUAGUGACAACAGCCCAGCCUUUCCUGAUUGGCUGACCAUCAUCAUGCUGUGUGUUUAUCUUCUAUUCGCCAACAUCCUGCUGCUCAACCUCCUCAUUGCUAUCUUCAACUACACAUUUGAGGAGGUACAAGGCAAUACAGAUAUUAUCUGGAAGUUUCAACGUUAUGAGCUGAUAAAGGAGUACCACUGCCGCCCCUCUCUACCUCCACCCUUCAUCCUCUUCAGCCACAUUUACCUCUUCAUCAGACGUGUGCUCCUGCGACGUCCUGCUCAGGAACAUAAGAUCUUCAGACAGGAGCUGGAUAAGAGUGAAGAAGAGGAGCUCAUGUCAUGGGAGUCGUUUAUGAAGGAAAACUAUCUGGCAUCUGUAAAGCAGGACAAUUUCCAGAGUAUGGAGUACCGCAUGGAAGACACUGCAGCAAAAGUUGGAACCAUGUCUGAAAUAAUAGAGCAAGAACGAGAAUGGGGUUUUGUAUCUAUGGCAAAAAGACUGGACUGGUUGGAGGAUCAGGUUUGUCAGUCAGCUAAAGCACUACAGUGGAUCAUGGACACACUUAAAUCUCAGGGUUACCAAUCCAAACAUGAUGCUCCGAUAAUGGCUGGUGUCAUUAUGAGCACUAACACUGACCCUUCAGAAUCAACUGAGCAGGAAGCAGAAUGGAAGAAAACUCAUCACGUCUAUGCCCGCCAGCUUUAUUACCCUGGCAGCACUGUUAAACGCUUCCCUGUUCCUGAGGAGAAAGUACCCUGGGAGGUGGACUUCUCCAUUUAUGCUCCUUCAAUUUACAGUCAAGAGAAUAUGCAAGACUCGGACAUUUUAACCAUUGACACAUACAGGAACCCUAACGGACGGACAGGAUUAAAGGGAAAAGGAGCUCUUAAAAGUCUUGGCCCGAACAAUAUUAUAGAUCCAGUUAUCACAAGAAAUGAGGGCUCACAACUGGAGUUUUUGGCUGUGUGGGAUGAGACAGCAGGGUGCUGGACAUUACCUGGGGGCCCUGUCCAGCCUGGCAAGCUCUUACCUGAGAGACUGGAAAGAGCACUAGGAAAGAAAUUAUCCCAGCACAUUAAAGCCAAAAUAAAAUCAAAAAGCCACACUGAGGUCUAUAAGGGUUAUGUAGAUGACAGUCGGAACACUGAUAAUGCCUGGGUGGAAAGCACUGUUAUAACAGUUCACCUCGAUAAUGAGUGGAAUCUGAUCAUGCGAGAUGGUGGUGGUGAGUCUCUCAGCAGCACUGAGAAGCUUCAGUGGCACAAGUUGAGCAGCCAAAUACAAAUGCAUCCAUACCAACGAGAAGCUCUCCGUGCCACUGCCCAAAAACACAACAUAAAGUUCUAA